GCGCCAGAGCCGGGCUGUGAGCGGAGCUGGUCGCGUUUAGGCGCGGCGGCUCCGCUUCAGGUGUGACGGGCAGCAGCGACCUGGCUGAGACUGAAGGGGCGGGCGCGGUUCCCUGAGCGGUGUGAGCGCGGUCACCAUGGAUCGCCAGGAUGAGGGGCCUCCGGCCAAGGCCCGCCGCCUCAGCAGCUCAGAGCCCCCUCAAGACGACGUGCCUCCGCCGCCGCCGCCNCCGCCACUCCUGCGACUGCCCCUGCCUCCACCCGAGCAGCGCCCGAGGCUCCGGGAGGAAACGGAGGCGGCACAGGUGCUGGCUGACAUGAGGGGGGUGGGACUGGGCCCCUCUCUGCCCCCGCCACCCCCCUAUGUCAUUCUGGAGGAGGGGGGAGUCCGCGCGUACUUCGCCCUGGGUGCUGGGUGUUCCUGCUGGGACCCUGAUUUUGAGUCUGGGUAUGGAGGGGCGCCCCCUGAAUUCGAGCCUGGGUAUGGGGGGGCGCCCCCUCCCACGGAGAGCCUGGAAACAUUCUCUCCUGAGGAGGUUUCUGGGGGAAGCCUGGAAAUCGACAUCCAGGUUCCGGAGCCCAGCGGCUUUGAUGGAGAGAAGGCCCUAGAAACCUGUAGCAUAGGGGGACGGGAGUACCAGAUGGUAGCCGGUCUACAGGGGAAGGAAGAGGCCAUCAUCAUAGUGGAAGACGACGAGGAGGAGGUAAAGGAAAGUGUGAGGAAGAGGAGGAGGAGGAGGAAGAGGAGGCAGAGGAAGGUGAAGAAGGCAAGCAAAAAGAUGAAUCCCGAGAAGAUAGAGUACGUCCUGCAGGCACUGGAAAACAUUCAGCUGGACCUGGAGGCAGUGAACAUCAAGGCAGGCAAGGCCUUUCUCCGUCUCAAGCGCAAGUUCAUCCAGAUGCGGAGACCCUUCCUUGAGCGCAGAGACCUUAUCAUCCAGAAUAUCCCAGGCUUCUGGGUCAAAGCAUUCCUCAACCACCCCAAAAUUUCAAUCUUGAUCAACCAACGUGAUGAAGACAUUUUCCGCUACUUGACCAAUCUGCAGGUACAGGAUCUCAGACAUAUCUCCAUGGGCUACAAAAUGAAGCUGUACUUCCAGACAAACCCCUAUUUCACAAACAUGGUGAUUGUCAAGGAGUUCCAGUGCAACCGAUCAGGCCGGCUAGUGUCUCACUCCACCCCAAUCCGCUGGCACCGAGGCCAGGAACCCCAGGCUCAGAGGCACAGGAACCAAGACACCAAACAAAGCUUCUUCACCUGGUUCUCAAAUCACAGCCUCCCAGAGGCUGACAGGAUUGCUGAGAUUAUCAAGAAUGAUCUGUGGGUUAACCCUGUGCGCUACUACAUGAUGGGAGAAAGCGGCUACAGGGCAAACAGAAAGAAGCUAGAAAAGAAAGAAAGGCUUUCCCACAAUAAAAAGAGGGACAAAUAUGAGGUGGUGAUCAUGGAUGACUUUGAUGACUAUCAAGUGAUGAAAGACAUUAUUGGCGAGACCUCAGACAGUGAUGUUAUCAGCGACAAUGAGACCAUUCAUGACAUCAAGAUCUCUGACUUCAUGGAUACCACCGACUGCUUCGAGACCACUGACAACGAGAUAACUGACAUCAGUGAGAGCCUCUGUGACAGUGAGAGCCCAGACCGCAGUGAGACCACCGACAGUGAGAGUGCCGAUGACAAUGAGAAUCCUGAUUACAACAGUGAGAACACUGAUGGUGAUGACAAGAACCUUAAAGAUGGCAGCUAUGGCAACAACCUGGACAGCAGCGACAUUGACGAUGGAGACGAGACCAGUGAUGAUGAAGAUGAUGGCAAUGAAGGUGACAAUGAAGGCAGUGAUGAUGAUGACAGUGAAUACAGUGAUGAUGACGGCAAUGAAGGUGACAAUGAAAGCAGUGAUGAUGAUGACAGAGACAUUGAUUACUAUGAGCGUGACAUUGAAGAACCUGAGAAGGAUCAGGUGAAUAGCAACAACCUGGAUGACUAUGAGGAUGAGGUAGAGAACAUCUUUGAAGAAGAAUCAUCAAUGGAGGAAGAAGAGGAGGGCAGUGAGGAAGGAGGUGAGGACAGCGAUGAUGAGGAAGGAAGUGAGGAGGAGGAAGGAAUCGAAGAAGACUGGGAAGACUCUGACAUGGAGGAAGUGCUUCAGGUCCAAAACCCUUGGGCCAACCCAGGGAAGAGAGGCAAAACUGGAUAAACAUCUCACCCUUGCCCUUGUGGCGCUGCCUCUGUAUUCCUCUCCCUCUGCCCCAUUUGCCCUCCCCCUCAGCUAGGGCCUUGAGGCCCCACAUUGCACUUCUGGGGGGUGACCGACUUCGUACACGGGUUUGAAGUUUAUUUUUAUGGUUUAGUAAUUGCAGAGUUCUUAUUUUGGGGGAAGGGAAAGGGGGAUUCCCCCUUCCUUUUGGCCCUCC